GUCUGUGAAUUUGGCCUCACCAGUAGGUCUCGACCAAAUUGAACAUGGCCUCUUCGAACUCGACAAAUCUGCCAGUGGUACUGUUUGGAUAUGAUUCCUCCCCUUUCACCCAAAAGGUCAGGCAUGUCCUGAGGCUGAAGCAAAUCCCUUAUACCUUCAUUAUUGUGCCAUCUAUGAUGCCUCGACCAAUAUUGAAGGACAAUUUCAAUGUCACAUACCGAAAGAUCCCUGUGCUUGCCAUUGGGAAGGAUAUAUACAUCGACACGUCUCUCAUCAUCGAAGUACUAGAGCAUCGAUUCCCUACGAGUCGAGGAUUUGGUACGGUAUAUCCCAACCCGGCAUUUCGCCCGUUGAUUCGAGGAUUUGCCUCCUUCUGGGUUGAUCGACCAUUCUUCCGCCUUACAACUGGAGUCAUCCCAGUGGAGGUGUGGCGUACCACAUUCGGUCAGGACCGGGCCAACUUGAUAGGACACAAGCUUGAUGCAGAGAAACUAGGCCGCAAAGUGCCACUGAAUCUUAGUGGGCUUGAUGAUCAUCUAAGCAUUCUGGAACCUCAACUCACUGGCCACAAGUGGCUCUUCCACACAGCCACCCCUAGCGCUGGAGAUGUCGCCCUUUUCUAUCAAUUGGAUUGGGCUGAGAAGAUUAGUCGGGGCGAAGGCGUCGGCGACCUUACGGGUGGAGGGGCGGUUGAUGGGAGCGGGGAGGGCAUCGCUGUAGUAUUCAAUGCUGAGCGGUACCCGCACCUGUCAGAAUGGUUUCGACGAUUUUCUCAGUACCUUGGAAGCCUUCCUUCUACGGAGACCAGAAUCCAAAGAAACGAUGAGAACGGCAUCCGCCAAAUCCUGGCAGAGUUGAAAUCAACCAACCUAAGCGAAGAGGUGACCAUUUUGCCAACCCCUGCACCACCUCAUACAGCUCUCGAUACUCGCAAUGGUAUCAAACCCGGCAGCUUGGUCAGUAUUGCUCCAGAUGACACUGGCCGCGGGAACCCUACGACCGGUAACUUGCUCGCGAUUACCCCAGAGGAGAUAGUCAUUUCUCCUGGCGGCAUCGGUAGCCAACGCCCAGCAGUGGGCGAAGUGAGAGUGCAUUUCCCCAAGGUUGGGUUCGUGGUUCGGCCGCUUUCUCGAGCCCAGUUGUGAGAU